ACCACUCUCCUCUCUCUCGAUCAAAAAACCCGACCCGAUUAAUAUCGCUUCUCCAUUCUCCCAAGCUACACGCAAGGACACCAACCACACAGAAUCGAAGGGGAUAAGGAUCUGUUUGGAUCAAUCGGAGAGAUCUGUUUGAAAUUGUUGUUUCCAAGUAGAUCUGUUCGAGUUUUUGACCAAUUCAUUUCAUUUCGUCAGUGUUUUUGAUCCCCCAAAAAAAACAAAGAAAGGAUGAAUAUAUUCAGAUUGGCUGGUGACAUGACGCAUUUGGCGAGUGUCCUUGUAUUGCUCCUCAAGAUCCACACCAUCAAAUCAUGCGCUGGGGUAUCAUUGAAAACUCAGGAGCUCUAUGCAAUGGUCUUUGCUACUCGCUACUUGGAUAUAUUUACUGAUUUUAUCUCGGUUUAUAACACUAUCAUGAAGUUAAUCUUCCUGGGGAGCUCUUUCUCUAUUGUAUGGUACAUAAGGCACCACAGGGUCGUUCGUAGAUCCUAUGAUAAAGAUCAAGACACCUUCCGCCAUUAUUUUCUCAUGCUGCCUUGUUUGAUUUUGGCCCUACUUGUCAAUGAAAAGCUCACUUUCAAAGAGGUAAUGUGGACAUUCUCCUUGUAUCUAGAAGCAGUCGCGAUACUUCCUCAGCUGGUUUUGCUGCAAAGAACAAGGAAUAUUGAUAAUUUGACUGGCCAAUAUGUUUUUCUUCUUGGAGCGUACCGAGCUUUAUACAUUUUGAACUGGAUCUACCGUUACUUCACUGAACCGCAUUUUGUCCACUGGAUCAGUAUAUCUUGGAUAGCAGGUGUAGUCCAGACAUUGCUUUACGCUGAUUUCUUCUAUUACUACUUCGAAAGCUGGAAGAACAAUGUAAGGCUCCAACUACCUGCUUAAGCUUGUCCUUUUUGAUGACGAUGAUGCCGAGGAGAGAGUUGUAAGAAUCAUAACCUGAUUCUCAUAGGGUUGAUCGACGAUUUCAAUUCUUUUAGUUUUGUUUUGAAUGCCCAUGUGGUUCUCGUCAACUCCCAAAAAACGAGUCAGUGACACCUCCAAACAGGACAUUAUAUGUAUGAGCGGUCUCCGCCUGGGUUCGUUUGGUUUAGGGAUCAUACAGUAUUCAUUUUUCAUAUAGAAUGCAAGUAAAGAUUCUUUCUAAUUGGUAUCAGCUGUGGCUUGUAGAAUC